AUGGUGUUCCAGUCGCAGUACAAUGCAGGACCAUCAGGAGUCCAGCUGCUCAAACACAAACAGGAGGAUCCAAACUAUGAACUGCAGAUACUCAAUUUGGACCAUGGAGGACAUUUCAGAAUCACACCAGGACUGAGCAAAUACGCCUGUGAUCUCACACUGGAUCCAAACACAGCACACACUCAACUCAUCCUGUCUGAAGGGAACAAAAAAGCAACAUGUGUAAAAGAUCAUCAGCCGUAUCCUGAUCAUCCAGACAGAUUUGAGAACCAGGAGCUGGUUAUGUGCAGAGAGAGUCUGACUGGACGCUGUUACUGGGAGGUUAAAUGGAGUAACUCAGGUCAUGUAGCAGUGGCAUAUAAAGGAAUCGACAGAAAAAGUGGGAUUGACUGUUGGUUUGGUCUCAAUGAAAAGUCCUGGAGUAUGUAUUGUUCCGAUACGACUUAUACUGUCUGGUACAAUAAUAACAACACAGAUGUAUUUGGCCCUUCAGCCCGCUCUAAUAGAGUAGGAGUGUAUGUGGAUGUGUCGGCCGGCACUCUGUCUUUCUACAGCGUCUCUGACACACACACACUCACACACAUAUACACAUUCAACACCACAUUCACUGAACCGACACAGAGACGACCACCUGGUGGAGGCAGGCUAAGGCUUUUGUCGAAGGAGAAAGAGUGGGAGCUUGUAAACAUGGUCAUUGCCAAUAAUGUAAUCCGCCUGACACAGAGACGACCACCUGGUGGAGGCAGGCUAAGGCUUUUGUCGGAGGAGAAGGAGUGGGAGCUUGUAAACAUGGUCAUUGCCAAUAAUGUAAUCCGCCUGUGA